AAAAACAUCUUCACCACCCAAGUUUACGACAAUUUUGUGUCAUCUGCACAGUCGGUUCGAACGAAAACUACAGAAUUUGACAAGAAGCAACAUAGCUUCUUAAAAAGACUGGAGACUUUAUUGUAAACAUUGUGAAGUCGGCUUUUAAAUCCCAAACAUGGCGCCCAAGAAGAAAGGAAAGAAAUCUGGUAAAAAGGGCAAGCUGGCCAAGAUGACUGAGGAGGAACGAAUCUUAUACCUUGAACAAAAGAUGCUGGCUGAGGAAGAAAUGAAGAAGAAGAAAGAAGACAUGCUGAACCAGUUUUUGAAGGACAAGCUAGUCAAAGAAGAGAAGAACACAAGAUUCAACAUGUACAAGAUCACACACCAAUGGCGUAACAUCAUGCGAGCUGCCAAGUCUAAAGAACUCAAAAGAGACAUCGAGAUCUUGAGUCAGACCUUCGAGAGAGUCGUCGAUCGUAAGGAUAGCGUCAUCAAAUCCUUGGCCAAGGACUUAACAGAGGCGGAAGAGCAGUAUGGCAUGGCACUUAGAAGUCACCUACAAAACAUGGACUCACUCACUGAUCUGCAACGGAGUCGUCUGGACAUUCUGCACUCGGAGUAUGGUGAGGAGCUUGCCGUCCUGAUGAAGGAGUUUAACAGUGAGCGAUCAUUGAUUAUUGAACAGCAUCGUAGGGAGAUUAACGACCUACAGGAUAUCCUCUUUGCCAUGGAACAGAACAGCAACGACCGAGAGAACGACGCUAAGCAAGACUUCCAGAGCUUGAGAGAUGAAAUCAAGAAUAAAAACCUUGAGGAGAAGCAUGCCUUGAGGAUUCAGCUGGAGGGUCAAGUGGAGGAUCUAUGGAAGCAAUUCCAACAAGCCCUCAAGAGUUAUAAUGAGACGACCGAGGAGAGGAAGGCUCACUUUGAGACGCUGAAAGUCAAGGAUGAGAAGAGUGCCAAGGAGAUUGAGAUGCAGAUGAGGAAACUACAGAGAAUAUCUGACACAAUAUCACAGCUGAAGGGCAAGAUGUCACAGAACUCCCGCGAGAGCGAAGACCGCAACAAGGACCUACGAGAGCAGCGUGAGGUCAUCGCCGAGCACUUCCACGAACUGAAGAACCAGAUGAACCGUUUCCGCGACAACGAGAGGUCGCGCCUCACUAAGCUGACUCUGGAGAGCAACGCUGCAAUCAAGGAGCUCACACGGAAAACCGACUCGGGUGAGAGGAUACUGAAGCUUACUGAGCAGUGUCGGAAACUGGAGACAGAAGAGGAGAAGGUGCUGCCGUUCUACGCCUCAAGUCUGACUCAAGAAGAACAGGAAGAUGUUCAGGCAGCUGUAGCGGAGCCACCAUCAGAGCCACUAGCAGAGAUCAUGCAUGAAUACACCUCUCUAGAGAACUUCUGGAAGCGUUACAACAAGGUCCUCUUGGACAAGGUGGCGUUGGACAAGGAGAAGUCCACCUUGCUAGAUGAGAACCAGCAGCUGCGGACGGUCCUCAAGCAGUACCUGGAUGGCAUCUCGGUCAAUGAUGAGAUUCUCAGCCAGGUCAAUCCACUCUUUGUGGUCAACCAACGCACCAAUGUCCAGCUAUCUGUGCCAGUGACAGAUCCCAGAGUGCAGAGACCCACACAGACCAUCGUAGAAGGUGCCCAUAUCAUCAAGCACACUAUAUAAAGCUCAUUAAAAUGCAGUAUGCAAAUAUAUUUAUGAAGUUUCUGACCAAUCGCUGUGUUUGGAAUGUAAAACUUCCAGACUUUCAGCCAAUUAGUCAUAGCUUGUAAAAAACUUUUAUAAAAAGAAAGGAGUGAUUUCUUUCACGAGAUUGGAGGCCAUUGUCAAAAUUCUAUUAUGCAAAUUUAUUCAUAAUGGUUCUGACCAAUCAAUGUGUGGGGAGCUUUCAACCAUUUAUUCAUUUGCUAUUGAAUUAAUACAGAAUGCUUUUAUAUUCGAAGUGACACUAAGGCCCAAUUUUAUAAAGCAUGCAAGCAUAAAAACUUGCCAAGCACAUUUCAGUAUAUUGCUUAGCAGAAAUAGGUCUUCAGAAGAAAACACCAAUUUACAUUGCUCUGACUGCUUCCCUACUCAAUUCAUGCUUGGCAAAGAUAUUUGAUAAGCAGAAUUAUCUGCCUAACAGCUUCAUGAAAUUGGGCCAAAACCUGGCAUUACAUGGGGGCACUGACAGAAAGCCAUCCUCUGUUGCCCUGGGUUCGAUUUCAAAGAGCUGCUUUAAGCACAAAAAGUACAUUGUGCUUUGUCAGAGACAAAAUUCACAGCCAAAACAACAUUCCAAACCAUAAUGUGGCUGGUUCCCUGCUCACUCUCGCUAAGCAGAAAAUUGCCAAGCAGUAUUUGCUGCUUAAGCAGCUUUCUUGAAAUUGUUUUGGCCUUGGUAGCCCU